UGGCUGAGGAUCGAGAAGCACUUGGCUGCUUUUACAGGCAAGUUUGGCCUCGAAGCGACCGUUCGAGCACGCCACUACGCUGUAGUUUGGCAGAACGUGUCGACGUCCUUCGUACCAAGCGAGCAAUCGUACAGAUUGCUUGAGAAAGAGAACGGCUGGAACGAACGGGAGUUAAUGGUGGUCCAUUGGAUUAAACCAAUCGACAAACGAAAGCUGAACCAACAGACCGCGUACGCUAUUGCGAAGUUCAGUAGCGCGAAGAGAGCCAACGACGUCAUCGUCAAUGGCCUCAUGUACUUCGGUCAGCGACUGAAUGCCUGGCGUCUGGUCAAGGAGGCGCGACGCUGCAUGAAAUGCCAGCGUAUGGAGCCUGGCCAUAUGGCCUCUGACUGCACGGAGACUGCGAAGUGCGGAACCUGCGCGUCCCCGGAACACACGACCCAGCAGUGCAAGGUCCCUCCGGGGCGCAAACGCUGGUGCGUCAAUUGCGAGAUGGCAGGACACGCGUCUUGGGAACGCCACUGUCCCUCGUUCAUGGAAGCGAAUCACAGGAUCCAGCGUGCUAACACGCUGGAACAGUAUCGUUUCUUCCCGAUUGCUGAUGACCCGACCUCUUGGGAACCGCGCUACGUACCGGACCAGCCUCGCUUCCCA